UCUCCGCACGUUUCUCUCCGGAAAAGGCUUCAAGUAUCGAAAUAAUUUCGCAUCAUAUAUUUGACUGAAGACGUCUUUAAACUUUCGCCGCGUUGUGGACUAGAUCUUAGGUGGUAUUGUGCUAUGUCACGCAGUACGGGCCCGUCUGAGGUCACUCAUCACCUGUCACAUUAGUCUUGAGUGAAGUGUGUAAUUAUGUAUGUAAGUGAGGGCAGAGCGCGCCGCGUGAUUGUGUCGACCCUCAUCCUGCGAGCGCCCUUUGUGUCCCGCAGAUAAGUUGCCCAACUGACAGGAUCUAGGGGACUUCAUAUUUUGAUAUGAUUAACAUUUUGAACAUUGGAUCAGUUCGAGGAUUUUAAUGACGCCCCCUGUCGCGUAAUGGCGCAUGGAGUGGUCGUGGCGGGCGUGGUGCGCGCUCGUCCUCACCGCGCUUCACCUCGCCGCCGCCGGUCCUCGAUACAGCUCGCGAAUCGUGCACACGCAGCCAGGAGCCAUCCGUGGUAUCAUAGUAGAGCCGGCUUCACGAAGACUGGAGCCUGUGGAGGUGUUCCGAGGGGUGCCUUACGCAUCACUGCCGCCUCGUUUGCGCGCUCCUCUACCGCCUACCCCUUGGCCUGGCACGCGUCUCGCCGACACCUUUGCGCCCGUCUGUCCACAGCGAAUUCCAGAUAUAGCCAACAAGACUGCAGCGUUGUCGAGGAUGCCGCUUGGGGUUUACAACGAGCUGGUGGCAUUAAAACCACUGCUUGUCAAUCAGAGCGAAGAUUGUCUCUACCUGAACAUCUAUGUACCCGGUAGCGGGUCCCGAGGCGUCGAGGCGCCCUAUGCAGUUGUAGUUUGGGCGGGCGCCGGCCCAGAAGGCGGAUCGGGCAACGCUUUAGAUGGAGCAGUUUUGGCAGCUCGGGCGCACCUGCUAGUUGUCACACUCAACUAUAGGAUAGGAUUACUUGGUUACUUAACGACGGGUGAAGAUGAUGAGGCUUCACUAUCGGGAGGCGCUGCAGUGAUGGACGUAGUGGCAGCGUUAUCCUGGAUACGAACAAACAUCGCUGCCUUUGGCGGUGAUGCCCACCGUGUCACGCUCCUGGGACACGCCGCUGCCGGAGCAUUAGUCAAUACUGUCGUCAUGCUGCCCAGCAUAAAAGGUCUAGUAUCUCGCAUCGUGCUCCUAAGUGGGUCCGCACUAAGUCCAACAGCAUUAUCACCGGACCCCGCGCUAGCACGGGAACACGCCGCGCAAGCUUUACGCUGCACUAGAGAUAUGCACCCUGGAGAACAUUGGUUAAUAUCGUGUGUCUCGAACCGUCCUCUGGCAGCGCUCGUUGCUGUAGAGGCGCCCCGGGCGCGUUUUCUUGCGGGUUGGGGUCCUGGUGUACCCCGCUCACGAGACUUGCCCAAUCCUUCACCAAGUCGAGCGUUGCAUGCCAGCGACACCUUCCUAGAUUGCGCCCUGGCUGUUAUCGUUACUACGACUGAGAGCUAUCACUUUUUCAGCGAGGAUGAUAUACGACACGGCUUUGAAGAAGAGUACAGAAAUCGGGUGUUGCGUACGUACGUCAGAAACGUGUACCGGUUCCAUCGCAACGAAAUUUUUGCGGCUGUUCGCAAUGAGUACACAGACUGGGAGAAGCCAAUACAGCAUCCAAUAAAUAUCCGCGAUGCUACCUUGGAGGCGCUAAGCGAUGGGGCUGGUGCUGCCCCCGCCUUACGAGUCGCCCAACUGCAUGCACGACGAGGGGCGCCUACGUACCUUGCCCACUUCGCACAUCACUCACGUGACGCAGAUUAUCCGCAGCGGUUGGGCAGUGUGUCCAGUGAGACUCUGCCAUACUUCCUCGGAUUACCGCUUGUGGGUGGGUUAUCACGAAACUACUCCCGCGGAGAUGUGACCGUAGCGGAAGCCUGUGUAGCGCUUCUCGCCGCCUUCGCCAAGACAGGAGACCCUAGUCCCAAGCCGGAUGACCAUCAGGAGACCGCUCUUUCCUGGCCCCGCUAUGAACUGAACACGCAACAAUAUUUAAGUAUAGGAACAAAGAUGCGUGUACGCAGCCACUACCGCGGCCAUAAGCUGUCUCUGUGGCUGCAUCUCAUUCCGCAGUUGCAUCGAGCCGGAGCGGCACCAGCCCAUCACCAAUUUCAGGAUCUUCACCCAGACAUGUUUGCCGGUGACAUAUUCCCUGAGAUGUACACAACCACAACCUCACUGGACGAAGAAGAGGAGAGCGAGGCUGAAGACAGCCUAGAAGCAGAGGAGUGUUCUCCUUCUCCCUCUGCACGUCCCGCUCUUGCCGCCCUACCGCCUCCCAGACCUUCCCCAAAAGAGGACUCGCUCACUUUGGACUCGCAAUACUACAGCUAUACGGUGGCGCUGGGCGUGACUGUGGGCGCAGGAUGCUUUCUGUUGGCGCUGAACUUAAUUGUAUUUGCUGGUAUUUAUCUGCAACGCGGCAAGCGGCGCGCUCGUUCAAGACCCCGACGUGAAGGCAGCGGGGCAUGCAGAGGAACCGCACUUACGGAGGCACUCACGUCGCCCCGGAAAAGCACGCUUAAGCGCAGCAGCGACUUAGAGUUGGUAGAAAGGCCGGCCACCGCCGCCCCACCGCCGAAGAAACGCGUGCAGAUACAAGAGAUCUCUGUAUAGACGAUUUCUGAACAAAUAUCGGUGCAAAUACGUUAAUGUUGCUGUGUGAAGUGUAUUAUAACAUUUUCUAGUGAGUUAUUAGUAAAAUCUAAGUAUACAGACCAUAUUUAUAAUGAUUCGUUAUUAUAUCAGUAUAAUGUUGUGAAAACGGUAUGUAGUAAGUGAUAUAAAAUUUGAAAUUAUGUAGCUCAAAUGAUAAACUAUCCCAAUGACCUCUGUAGUACUACUGCGAAUUAUGAAUGAACAUCAUAGUGAUAAUAUUCUUCGACUUUGGUUAAUUUAAUCGUGGUAUAUUGAUUAUUUCCAGCUUUCUGGGUAUCUCAGAUGUAAAUCUUCAAAAAUCCUUACCCAAUUUUUUUGCCGUCGUGUUUUUCUGCCGCAAACUUUUACCAAACAACACUGAGCUAACAUAAUUAUUUUACGAUAUGAAAAAAAAACAUAGAGGACAUUACUCAAUCCCUCAAUCCGCUGGCGCUACGCCCCAAAAAAAUUAUUUGCCUCCGAAACGAAAAAAACUUUAAGUGCUCCCUGUUCCGUGCCACCUACCACCAAUUGCUGGCAUUCAGCUGCAUCAGUUUCUUCACAACUCUUUCGGUCCACUGGCACUUAGGCCAACCUACUGGAAUCCGACUACUAAGCCGGUUCGAAUAAGCUUUCUUAACCCCCUAAUCACGGCCCACACUCAUGGUAGCUCUACGUUGUCAACAGUCCUAGUAUUCGCAUAAACUAUUGGGCUGGGUUACCUCGGCAUAUUUUCGGACUCUCCAAUGGUUUAUAAAUGGGUGUCCUUUUUGUCUCCAUGAUUUAGUAGAUAUACUGUUGUGUAAGAAUUAUUUUCUAGUAUUCUUCACAAAAAUGAGUUCGUGGGCGAGUUUAUUCUCAUGUUGCGAAAUGAUAGAACCAGCUUUUGCGGACGUCUACUACAAUUUAUGAUAUACCCUCAACACUAGUUAAGUAAGCAGUUAGGUUCAUGCGUCACAAUUUACCAGUGAGUGCAUUGUGCAGUUGAGUUCACUUGGGUGCAUGUUCCUGCAUCGCUGGGCCGCACAUUGCACAUGUCGACACCCGUCUAACCUCGUUACACAUGCCACCCCGUCACACAGCCUCGACGCACGACUUAACGACCCCUUGUUGAGAUGUCCGGCGGUAAACAAAACUUUUUACUAAGCAGUGUUGUUAGUGGCGUUAGCGAGGGACCCGUCCGAGUUCGUAGCUUCGAUCCCCUGUUGUGCAUUUUUCUUUACAUUUGCGCGCUGAAUACGCUCGUAAAGGGAAAACAUCGUGCGGAAACCUUAGACCAAACUUUACCGUGUAUUGGGCACACCUGAUCACUUGCGUAUUAGAAAGAAGAAUAUCACAUAACAAAUAUAGAAAUAUGUGACUAGGGUUUCUUGGUUUAAACAUUUAUUGCAUCCUUUUUAUAAUCCAAAUGAAAAUUUUAAUUCUCUCUCUAAAAUGAUUUGUUGUUCGGUGGAAGUUUAAGCAAACAAUGUACCAUUGUCGUACAGUAAGUGAGCGUCUUAGGGCGUGGUGUGAACUCAGAAUAAUUAAUCAUUCCGUAUGAUCGCGCACCGGGGAGCUGUCGCGAACUUGCCCCAUUCAUGGGCACGUUCCUUGCGACUUGUUUAUUCAAAGAAUUCAUUUUAAUUUUUCGAUGUAGUCCUCAACGCUUUACGAGUUCUUUUGUUCGUUGAAUUUCUGUAGUCUAGUCGCGGAUUGUUUAAAUAGUAUCGCGUUUUGCAAUUGUUUUGUUGUAUCUUCAAAAAAAUUUAUUGUGUCUGUUAUAUGUCGAAUUUUCUAUAUGUAAUUAAGAGUUAUAGAAAUCGUAUACGUUUUAUUAAAUCUGUGUAAAUAUAUACUUAUUUUCGUUCCUAACUAGUUGUAAGAUGUGUUUUGUAUCUACUAAUUAAGAUAUAUGAAUGAGAUAACAAGCGAAUCUUUAACAUUGUUUUAAAUAUUAAGUUAAAAUACGCUACAUUACUAGUUUGUUCUGGGCCUUGAUACCUUUACCUACCAAUUCGCCUUACAUUAUGGAAGUUUCCAAAGUUAAUACAAAAAUCGAUAAUUGGCCGGUUUUCCAGUUGGCAAGCACCGAUCUGGGAUAAGGUAUUAACGUUAUUUUCUUUACUUUAUAUAAAAUUGGAAAGAAAUUAUAAUAAUGGUAUCAUAAUACAAAUUUGUCAGCAUAUCAAUAUAAACUUUAUAUUCAACAAAGACUUUUACGUUACCUAGAAAUUGUGGGCUAACUAAAUAGUUCUUUUAGACAGAAAAUGUUUGUAAAAUUGGAAAAUUCUAUGAGUCCUUAAGUGGAAAAUUAUCCUUAUUUUUGUAGCUGUUUCAAAAAUCCAAAAAUAUUAUAUUUUUAGCGUUGACAAUCUAGAAAUGUAAUAGUAGUUUUCUGUACUAAAAUCACUGCCUUUAUUGGAACAUUUUAACACAAUAUUUUUUAGCUUGUCAUCUUCAUUAAAAACUAAAUCAGUCUAAUUUCAUUAUUUUUAUAAAGUACUUUUAAGUAUGUUUACGCUUGGUAUUUUAGUAUAAUGGUAUUUUAUUUAAGAUUUUAAAAACCAACAUUUCAGAUUAUU